GCUUCUCUAUGGGCCCUUUGCAGGCUGUCCUCACCUGUCCCCAGAGCCUCUGGUGAAUGCUUCUUGAGCAGGAGGAGAUGGCCACCCGCCAGCCCCUCACAUCCUGACCCAUUUUUCCUGAGAAUUCAGCAAGGCAGAGUUUCACAGACAAGAGGAAAUCCCUACACAGCACACAGCCCAGAGAGUGGAAACUCAGGAUCCCAGCGGAAACCCCAGCUGGGAGGGCUCUUCCUGCCUGGGGGAGGCUCCCCAGGAACGCCAGGGAUUUACUAAUCGCCACCUUUCGCUCCCCAUCCCUUGCCGUAUCCCGCUGAGGGCCAUGUGCAGUGGCAAGCUGCAGACAGGCUUGCUGGUUGCCGGCUACUUCGUCUACUUGCUGGUGGGUGCAGCCGUGUUCCAGGCGCUGGAGAGGACCGCUGAAAAGCAGCAGAAAAUGGCAGCCGCCCAGAUGAAGGAGGCAUUUCUGCAGAAUUUCCCCCACCUCACAGUGGCAGAGAUGGAGCAGUUUAUGAAGAACCUGACUGAAGCCAUUCAGAAUGGAGUAUACCCUGUUGGAAAUGAAUCACAGACUGAAAACAGCAACUGGGAUUUCAGUAACUCCUUCUUCUUUGCAGGCACAGUGGUCUCCACAAUAGGCUAUGGCACACUGCGUCCUAAAACUGCUGGGGGCCAGAUCUUCUGUGUCUUUUUUGCUCUCUUUGGAAUCCCUCUGAAUAUUGUUUUUCUGCACCGUGUUGGUAAGAUGCUCUCGCUGCUGUGUAAAAAGCUGGGGAAAUUCCUGUACGAGAAAGGAAUGAGAAAGGUGUUUCUUUUUCAGAAGAAGAUCAAAUUUCUGACCCUUUUGUUCUUUUUGGCCACCGGGAUCCUAGUGUUUCUGUGCUUGCCGUCACUCUUCUUCCAGAUAACAGAGGGUUGGUCCUACAGCGAAGGAAUUUACUUUGCAUUUAUCACCCUCAGCACCAUUGGCUUUGGAGAUUAUGUAGUAGGUAAACAACCUGGCAGGAUUUAUUUUUCCUACUACCGAACACUUGUGGCCAUUUGGAUUCUUUUUGGCCUUGCCUGGAUUGCUCUCCUAUUUAAUUUAUUGACAACAGUUCUAGAAGAUACUGAAAAAAUAAUUGUCAAGGAUCUCCACCAAAUUGUAAAGGUGAGUAAGGACAAUGAAGCAAGCCAACCAAGAAGAUGCUGGCCUGCUCAUUUUUUACCAGAAGAAGAAGUAAUACCACCAUGUGCUGGAGGGGAUGCACAGACAAUGGAGUCAUUAGCAUCAGGUUCUGAACAAACAAAAAAAUAAGAACAAUGUUUUUUACAUAUAGCCAAAAAUAUUGCCAUAAUAUAUGGAGAUUGAAGUCUUCGGUGGAAAAUCACUAGUGCAUUAUUCUAAAGAAAUUCCCAUGGAAAUAAAAUUUCUCUUACCUCUUGCUGAAAUGUGACCUUACCAAACCCAAGACUUACAGUUACACAGACACACAGUAUUAAUGGUAAGAAAGUUGCUCUUCAGUUUGCAGCCAUACUGUGCUAAAACGUGACAAGUGCUCUCAUU